UGCACCAUAGUGAAAUCCAAAAGCACUUAAAUAACACAUACAUGUGUGACAAUGGCUUCAAACGGCAUUGAUGUUUAUGUAAAAUUACCAAGCGGUAAGGCGAUAGAACUGAAACAACUUCCGGCUAAUACGGUUCGCGACAUCGCACAGAAAGUAGCGGAAAUUGAAAAAGUACCGGAAAGACGAGUGAGACUUAAAUACCAGGGAAAAACUCUGGAUAAAAAUAAAACCAUUGGAUUCCUAGGGAUAUGUGCGGAGACUAUUUUGAAAGGCGAGGUACUGUUUCCGAAAGACAUUCAAAUAAGUAUAAAGCAUGCUGACACACAGCAUAUGGAAACAGUGCAAUCAACAGACACCAUGGUGGAAGUCAAAGGCAAAAUUGCCACGGCUACUGGUAUCCCAGUUGAAAGACAAACUGUAAAGACGGGUUCAGCGGUGGUAAGCAGAAUGGACGUCAUACUCGCAGAUCUUGGCCUUUCUGAUGGCACAGUUCUCACAGUUACUGAAAAACAAAAUACAACAGUUGGUUUUGACGAAGAAACUGAAGCAGUUAAUGAAGAAAUAAAAGACGAGCUAAUGAGCACCUUUGACGCCAGAGAUCGUCCUGUGGAGGUUGUGUUCUGCUUCGACACCACUGGCAGCAUGUACAGCUGUAUAGAACGGGUGAGAAGGGAUUUGCAGGAAACCUGCUCUCGGCUGCUGAGUGAGAUUCCUGGAAUCAGAAUAGGGAUAAUGGCAAACGGGGACUAUAGUGACAGCAAAGUGUACGUCGUUCGAUACGUUGACUUGACAACAAACGUUAACGAUGUAUGCAAUUUCGCCAACACGGUCCCACGCACUGGUGGUGGCGGAAAUGGCGGAGAGGCAUACGAGUGGGCGUUGCGACGCGCCCAACAACUAGACUGGUCUGAGAACAGCGCAAAGGCCCUGGUGAUGAUCGGAGACGAGCCGCCCCACCACAAGAAUUACACCGACCAACACUUGUUCUGGAUGGACGAACUUGAUGUCCUCAUUGGCAUGGGCGUCAAGGUUUAUGGAGUACAAGCUAUGUCUGAAACAGAAUCAACACCGUUCUACCAAGAGCUGUCUGACCGGUCUGGAGGAUUUUACCUCAAAAUGAAAGACUUUAAGCUUAUCACAGACAUGUUCCUAGCAGUGUGUUACCGGGAGGCGGAUGACGGGCAGCUUGAGGAAUUUGUGGAAGAAGUGGAGCGGGAGGGUCGGAUGUGCGAGGACACCAAGGAGAUGCUGGAUACUCUGGUCGACAAAGGUGCGUCUGGUUCCGAUCAGUCAUCGCCCGCCCGGAAAAUAAAACAAGAACGAUACGUUGCCCAACCCUGGUGGGACCCAAGCCUGCUGACAAAGAGGGACAAUCCAGAGUACAAAUACCAGCCCGAUGUCGACUCCUGGGUCAGAGCUGAUAGAUUUCAAACAUCUUACAGCACAAGCAGUUUUGUUUACACGAACAAUAAUGCAACGAAGAAAAAACCCAGACUUACACGAUUCCUGAAUAUAUUUAAGAAAAGCAGGGACUGAAAGUGGUCAAGCACCAAGGACUCGCCGAGAUUAGGUGUACAUGCUGCCUGAAUAACACGUGGUUCUGACUGUAUGCAGCUAUUCCAAUUUUGACUAAGGCUUGCAUUGCCUUGUUACAAUUGGUUCCUUUUACUUUAUGAGAUUGGCUCGAUUGUGAACGAGUGAACACAAUUUUUAACGUUAUAUUUUGCACAUUCAAAUCUUUACUGCUCUGGACGGUUCAUGGUUACACUUGCGAUCUGCAGUAUUUGAAACAAUAUUUGAUACAAGUGUUUCAGCUUUACUUGUUCUAUUUAAAUAUAUGAGCAUAUCAUGAAAUGUUCCACCUUUAAAAAUUAACAACGAUGUCCUUAAGCACGUUGUUAAUUUUCAUAAAGUUCUGAACAAUCGGUCCAUUGGUUAAUUGUUUAACUAGUAUCAUAAAAUAAGAUACAAAUGGCGCUAUAGGAGAAAAAUUAAUAAAUAAAUAUAUGCGUUCAAUUUUGGAACGCUUGCCGCAUGAUUGGCUGCGCAUGGCGGGCAGUACUAGUUUAUGGCCAAUGCCAAUAAAUAUCAUUAUCAAACUUAGUACUAAUGUUAGUGUGAUCUACGCAUUAUUAUUUACAAUAAAAUAAACGAAUGUUUGUUAUAAUAUGCAUUUAUUGUGAAUUGUGUGGCUUCAAAUAAAAAUAAACGAAGCAAUAAGUAUGU